AUGUUAUUAAUUUAUGGCCUUGUUGCCCUUGCCACCGCUCAAAAUGCGGCCAUUAUCACCAGUGGAACAGGCCCGAUGACGAGUGAAACCCUUUUCGAAAAGCAGGACGAAGUGGCGGACUACAUCAAUGUCACCUGCACCGAAACAAACAUGUGCAUCAAAAUCGAUACGCAGUACUUUCCAUUGCGACGAGAUCAUCCUCUGGAACCGGACGCAAUCUCUAUGGUCACCCCAGACUGCAGAAAUAACCGAACAGUUAUUGGAAGUACCCUUAUCGUCUGCACGAAAGAGUACGGCGAUCCUACUUGUCCAAAGGUCUUCAAUCUCAACAGCACCCAUGCAUCCUACCAAGUGACUCUCAACACACAGAAUACUACUGUAGAGAACACUGCUCCAAACGGAGCGACAAAUAUUACAAUCUUUCAGUACGAAUUGCCAUUUUCCUGCACUUAUCCGUUGGAUUAUCUUCUGACACUGUCCAGUCUCAACGGUGAUGAAUACGGUUAUUACAUUCCAAAAAUCUACACCCCGAAGCUGAUCACUCUGCUCAUCCCAGAUGGCGAAGGUAAAGGCGAGUUCCCGGUCGUCAUGCUUCUUUAUGAAAAUCAAGACUACCAGAAUGUUUAUCAAGAGUCUCCAACAAUCGAUAGCCCUGCUAAUUCAGUGAUUCAAGCACGAGAGUGCUGGGCCACACCGACAAGCGAAAUUGCAGUCAACAGAUUCGAUCUUAUCACCGACUACUGUGCAUCGCCAGUAGAGAAUAUUCAACAGGAUCCUGAAGUGAACAUUCUCAACAACGGUGAUACAACAGACGUGAGAUGGACAUCGAAAGUAUUCAAGUUCGACGGAACUGAGAACAACCGUGUUUACCUUCACUGCAGAGCGCGCAUCUGCUUUAACACCAACGGCGAUCCAGCUGAAUGCGACAAGUUGAACACUUGCGCUAACAGGAGACGAAGAGCGCUAGUGGGAUCUGGCGGUUUGGGUGUCAGCCCGGCUGAAGAAUACUCCGAAGAGGUGGAGUUAACCACUGGCCCUAUCUACAUCACUGAGAACGGAGCGAAAUUCGUCGUCGCUGGUGAGGAUGGUGAUGAGGUUGCUGUUCCCGUUCAAAUCGCCGAAGUCGGCACUCUUUCGCCCUACGUUGCAUGGAUGAUUAUAGGGACGGUUGAGAACUUUACCGCACUUGUCCUCGUGAUGGUUUUCCUGAGCUUACUCCUCGUUAUCGUCGUCAAAAAGCGUGUUUCAAAGUAG